CGACGGGGAAACACGUUUUCAAGAGUGGAAGUGGCUUAUCUGCGUGUAGAAAACCCUUUAAAACUUUGAAAGUCAUUAAUGACGUUUAUUAUGGAUUACAAGAAACACGUCGGCUGCUGGAUUUUUAAUCGCGCGUCAGGAUCCGUCAACACAUUCACCAUUAAAACAGCUGGAGCUCAAAGGUUUUCAGUAUGAGAAGAACUGCGAACAUCAGUGUCGCUGUGGUAAUAGCUGUCCUGUGGCUGAACUUUACGUGUAUUUGCGCUGAAAACCAUAGGAAGUCUGGAGUGGACACCCAGCAGAGAGGUUCUGGCGUUGCCCUGUCCGGUUCGUGGGGCUCUUGGGGGGCAUGGGGGGAGUGCUCACGCUCCUGUGGUGGAGGGGUUCAGGAACAAACUAGAGCCUGCCUGCCUCGCUAUGGUCCUCAGUCUACGGUAGCUCCCCCGAGACAGGCGGGGGCUCGUGAAUGGGGCCGUGACUUAACAGUACCACCACACAGACACACAGCAGUGGAGAACACAGGCUCAGACUCAUCUACACGAGCAGAUCACAGACUGCUGAGUGUGACCAGAUAUGGGCAGAGGAGAACAAACAGUAACCGUAUCAAUCCAGGAAUGUAUGGAAAUGGCAGAAUUCCACACGUAACUCCUUUACAGAAAGACUCUGGCCGAACAUCCCAUCACAGACAGAGACAAUCUGCAUCAAAUUACCCACACAGAAACACCAACCAAAAAGUCGGCCAGCGCCCUGUCAGGGCACCUGUACAGCAGCCUGGCUCCACCCUCCACAGCCAGCUGCAGUGGAACACAGUGGGCACACCAGCAUCAGUGCAAACUAGACCAUACAACCCGCUGCCAAACAACUCCUGCCCCGGCACACCAAACCAGCACAAAAUCUGCAACACCGUGGCAUGUCCGUCAUUGAGCAGACCAAACAGAAAUCUGCAGUGCUCCACGUUUAACACACAGCCAUUCAUGGGUCGACUUUACAAAUGGGAACAUUUUAAUGACGUUUCUGGGGAACAGCAGUGUGAACUCAACUGCCGUGCCAUUGGAUUCAGAUUCUAUGUACGCCAGGCAGAUCAAGUCAUCGAUGGAACUCCGUGUGGGCCAAACGACACGUCUGUGUGUGUGACGGGAAAGUGUCAGAGUGUCGGUUGCGAUGAUCUCCUGGGCUCUGGCAAUGUGCGUGAUAAAUGCGGUGUUUGCGGUGGAGAUAACAGCGCAUGUAAGCUUGUCUCCGGCCUGUUUCAGCAUAGCCUGUCUAAAGUGGGUUACCACAAGAUUGUAGAGAUUCCACAGGGCGCCACGAAGAUCAACGUCACAGAGAUGGUGAAGAGCAGAAACUAUCUUGCUCUGCGCAGUCGGUCUGGCCGAUCGAUUAUUAAUGGAAACUGGGCCAUUGACCGGCCUGGUAUGUAUGAGGGAGUGGGAACCAUGUUCACAUACCAGCGCCCCAAUGAGAUCUCCAGCACCACUGGAGAAUCGUUCCUGGCCGAGGGCCCAACAAAUGAGAUCCUGGACGUUUACAUGAUCUACCAACAGACCAAUCCAGGAGUUCAUUAUGAGUUUAUUAUGCCCUCAGAGAACACUGGAAACUCUCAACAUCAUGAAGACCAACAACUGCAGGUAAAUGUUGUGAACGGGCAGGCUGGUUAUGAUCCGAGCAGCCUUCCGACUCCAGAGGAACGUGAAAAGUCAAGUGUGGUCAGGUAUCCUCCCCCCAUCCCUGACAACCAGUUACCUGCAGCUGCACACCCAGAUAGAUACAGAGACUACAACUGGAAACUCACUGGCACCACAGACUGCAGCACCUCCUGUGGCAGAGGUAGCAGGUACACAGUGUUUGGCUGCGUCCACCGGAUUACUCACACACACGUGCUGAAUGGUCUGUGUGACAGCAGCACCAAACCCAGCGUGCAGGAGGAGCCGUGUAACAUGCAGCCGUGUCCUGCGUUCUGGGACAUUGGCGAGUGGUCUGAAUGCAGUAAGACUUGCGGUUUGGGCAUGCAGCAUCGUCAGGUUCUCUGUCGUCAGGUGUACGCCAACCGUACGUUAAAUGUGCACACCAGUCGAUGUCAGCACCUAGAGCGUCCAGAGACGAGCACCUCCUGCCAGAUGAAGAUCUGCAGCGAGUGGCACAUUCGCUCAGAGUGGAGUUCUUGUUCUGUGCCCUGUGGAGUAGGUCAGAGGACACGCGAGGUGCACUGUGUCAGUAAUGUUGGUGAUAUUGUAGCAGAUGACGAGUGCAACAUGAAACUUCGGCCCAGUGAUGUGGAGAACUGUGAUACUGGUCCCUGUACAAAGAGCUGGUUCUUCAGUGAGUGGAGUGGUCAGUGUUCUGCCGAGUGUGGCGCAGGCAUGCGGACUCGCAACGUUUUGUGCAUCACCAAUUACAUCAGCAGUUUGCCUUUAGAGAGCUGUGGGUCACAGCGCCCCCCAGAGGCACAGCCGUGCAACAACGGCCCCUGUGAAAGCCGCACUGAGUGGUUCACUGGAGCCUGGAGUCAGUGCUCAGCGGACUGCGGCGUUGGCAGCCAGCAGAGGACAGUAGUGUGUUUGAUGAAGUCUGAUGAGGGUUUUGCCAUCAUGCCCCUUUAUGAGUGCUCUUCUCUGGACAGACCGCUCAGCCAGCAGAGCUGCUUCAUCAAAGCCUGUGGAGCAAAGUGGUACCACACAGACUGGAGUGCGUGUUCAAAGACAUGUGCGGGUGGUUACCGUCUGCGAGAGGUGCACUGUCUCUCUGAUCACGUGAUUACCAGUGACAGCUGUGAGGAAACACUAAAGCCGCAUAACAAAGAGGAGUGCAACACCGAGCCCUGCCUGCCUCUAGUUGAUGCAAAUUGUCAAGAUAAAUAUUUCAACUGUAAUGUGGUGGUCCAGGCACGUCUCUGCGUCUAUGACUACUAUAAGAUGGCGUGUUGUGCUUCCUGCACACGUGUGACGCAGAAAAAUUCAGGAAACUGGAGACACACAUAGAACAAGCAUGUGAUGUACCAUCACUUUCGCAUCACAUCACUGCACAGUAACAGACCUGAGUGCAGGUGAAGUGCGUCAAUCGAUAUCAGUGAUUCUUUUGAAGAACAAGCCAGAAAUUCCUGAAGGAGUGACUUUAUAAGAGGGGAAUACAGACUUGCCAUUUAUCACUAAUUCUCUUUGGACAGGAGAAAUGCUGAACUCUAUAUGGCCUGUGGCCUCAGCAUAUAAUGAGAGUAUGGGAGGAUGUUUACAUUGACAACAACUCAUAUGGUGCUUCAGCUGGAAAACAUUUUGAAGAAGGAACACAUUUGUAUUAGAAACAGAACAUUUGAAACUUAAGAUGCACAGUGUGUGCCGUCAGUGUUCUCGUGAAUACACACUACAGAGGGAAGUAUUUUAGAUCAGUUUAGAUCAAGAGUUCUCUGACUGCAAGAACACAUGAUGAUGCUCGUAUCUCAGUAGUGCAGAAAACAAGGCCCAUUUACACUGUAAAGUUUAAAGAGUAAUUGGCACAUUUAAAGUAUCAGUUCACCCAAAAUGUUUAAUUCUCUCAUCAUUUACUAACCCUUAUGCCAUCCCAGACGUGUGACUUUCUUUCUUCUGCUGAACACAAAGAAACAUUUUUAGAGGAAUAUUUCAGCUCUGUAGGUCUUCGCAAUGCAAGUGAAUGGUGACCAAAACUUUGAAGCUCCAAACAUCACAUAAAGGCAGCAAAAUAGUAAUCCAUAAGACUUGUGUUUUAAUCCAUGUCUUCUUAUUCAAUAAGAUAGGUGUGUGUGAUAAACAGAUCGAUAUUUAAGUCCUUUGUUUACCUUUGUUUACCACUAUCAAAAUGUUAAAGUGGAGAUUAAUAGUAAAAAAAUUACUUAAAGGAAUCACAACAUAUCUAUGUUUAUGUAAUUUUUCAGGUCACCAUUCACUUGCAUUGUAUGGACCUACAGAGCUGAGAUAUUCUUUUAAAGAUCUUGUGUUCAGCAGAAGAAAGAAAGUCAUACACAUCUGGGAUGGGAUGAGGGUGAGUAAAUGUAGAGAACAUUUUCAUUUUUGGGUGAACUGUGCCUUUAAAUGCAAAUCAGCCAAAUUAUAUUUUUGUGUGUCUAAGAAAUACAGGAAAACCUGCAAUUAAUGACAUAUUAAUAACCAUAGCAAUGGUUUGGCAUCUUGUGGCUUCAAGGAAGAAACAUGGAUGUCGACAGGUUUACCCGUUUGAUGUUUGAUAUAUAUUAAAGAAAUAUUAGUGGCCAGUGACAUCUCGUCCAACAGUUUUAAACUACCAUUAAACAUGUAUCAUGCAGCUUAUAAAUAGCAUGCUCUCUCUGGACUGUAAUGUAUAUGUUACCCUUAGACCACUGGAUUGAUGGGAGGAACUACAGUGUAGAAAAUCAGUUUCAAACUUUGCGAAUGAUUCCAGACUCGUACCUCAGACUCUGUUGUUUUAUAGAAAUACACCUCAUUGUACACUGCAACAACUAGUUGUUUAGUUUGGUUCUGUACACAUUAUGUGGAUGCAGUUGUCACUACCUGAAUUAUUCUGGAGUGAAUUGGGUAAAUGUGAUAGUUACUUCUGCAAAUAGCUGAACUCUAUGUGAAUAGAACAGGAUUAAACACUCAGACGAGGAGUCACUUUUUAGCUGCAGUGUUAACGUGACAUGUUUGAUUCAGCUGCCUGUAUAAGUAAAGCUGUCACUGUUAUAUCAAUUGGUUCUACAUUGAUGGUUCUUUAAAUCUGAAUCACAGCAGUUGUCAGAUAUGGGUUAUUUGACCUGUUGUUGUUAUUAUUAUUAUUUAAAGGGGUCAUGACAUGAGAAACCAAAUUUGCCUUGAUCUUUUGGUAUAUAAGAGGUCUUUGUAUCAUUAAAACGUCCUGCAAGUUUAAUAUUUUAAGACGUCCUCCCCAUUCUAAACGAAUAAUUUAUUUAAUCAAGCUCAAAAUACAGCUCGUUCUGGAUUCAUGGUUAGAAGUGACGUGUCGGUUAGAAGUGACGUAACAGCGUUUGCAUAUGACCGCCUCCAGCACAAGAUAACUACGCUUUAAGCGCAAGACAACUACGCUCAUUUCAGUAUCGCCGUGCGCCUCACAAGUGUUCAGUCGAUGGACAGCGAGCUCUGACAGAGACUACUUGUACACAGGAAAAUUACGAUGCCACACAGAUGUGCUGUUUCUGGCUGUGGUCAAACAAAACCUCUGAAUAAGCUGCCGAAAGAUCCAGACGUCAGGGAAAAAUGGAUGCAGUUUAUUUUUUGCGGACGUUCCAGUCACGGCAGUGUUAACUUAAGCGUUUGUUCUGUACAUUUUAAGGAUGACUGUUUUGAGAACAAAUCUCAAUAUGAUGCUGGCUUUGCCAGAAAACUGUUGCUCAAAGAUAAGUCCGUGCCGACUAUUCUGGGAACAACGACGACGCAAACUGUAAGUAAUCUAU